CACAGGUUCAUGAAAUGGAUUUCAAACGUCAACCAGAACCUCUCCAGAGACAAUCCUCAUUUGAUGAGCCGUUGUCUCUGACGGAUAAUAUUCAGCCUGUUUAUGAAGUCAUUGAAGAAAAUGAUGCAAGCAAUAAUUUUUAUCAGAGGAACUUGAAUGGUCUCCUAGGACCUUAUGAACCCAAACCUGCAGAGUCUGGACCUCUUCAGACUCCCAACUAUCAGGACACAAUCCCAAUACCAGCACCCAGAAUAAGGCGUCAGAGCUCACCCAUAAUACCAUGCCGUGUACCACCUCCUCUUCCCCCCAGGCCAAACAAAAAGCAGACAGAGUUUACUCCUAAACUUCUGCGUUCCAUCACAGAAGUGAAGAGUUACGAUCCAUGGUCUAUCGCCCUCAUAGACUCUCCAGAAGGCAGCACCAAGGAACUGGCUUCUUUUUGUGCUUCCACAUCAAGGUUGAUGUCACAGUACAAACACACAGACAAGGUCCACAACUCGGGCAUUGUGUGGGGUCGACUGCUACACAUCCACCCUGCCCUGCUGCAGCAGGUGGAGGUGACCGUCUGUGUGUCCACUGAGCAAAGUGAUCACAAGCUUCCCCUCCCCACCCCGGUAAACAGGAAGGUGAAGGAUCUAAUCGAUCAGUUCUGCCAGCUGCUGGAGUUUCCUGCCAACACAAGUGGGGAAUAUGUUUUAAAAAUGUGUGACACUGAAGAGUUUCUCAGAAACGAUGAGCUUCUUGGGUUGCACGAGACAAUUCAGGUCUAUUACAAGUUAAAAAUGGUGAUCAGUCUUCGAAUGCUCCACAAAAACAACCUGAACCAUCAUCUGGCCCGAACCGCUGAAGAUGACAUAACUGCAAGUCAACAGAACCAGUUCUUGUGUCCAGUCAGUGUCUACACCACCUCCAAGCUGAGCAUGCUGGACGUUCUUGGUACUUACAACAGACUGAUAGCAGAUCUCAUUAAUACUAAGUCAGCGGCGAACAUCUGUGAGGUUGUGGACACUGUUCACACCAUCAGCAAUCUUCUGUCUGGAAUUACAUGUCAAGAAUUAGAAGAUGCCAUUGGUGGGGUCAACAGAGUCAGACGCACAAAUCUGAGUGAUGAUGAAAUGUCUGAUUUUGAAACUGCUUUGAUUAUGCUCAAUGGGGCUCUGCAGAAAGUGCUGCAAAUGUAUUUUGACAAUUUCCAGUCAGACUUCAGAUCCCAAAGAAUUAUUGGCAGCCUUGCAGUCUAUGACAGUGACAACAACCAGGACAUCUUGCAGUUUAAUAUUGCAUCAAUCUACAAGCUGCUUCCUUCCUGGCUGAGUUAUGAGAGCUUUUCUGUAACCUGUGACGUGACUCAUGGAGAAACAAAGAUCUGUGACACUGGCGUUUCUGAAAAUAUCAGCACAGCUUUGUCCCACGCAAACAAGAUCUACUGUAACCGCCUUAUGGUGUUUCCUGUCCCAGUAAAUCAGCUGCCAUACGAGUGCAUGCUGACAUUUCGCCUCAAAGGCACAAAGCGGAGCAGAAGCCCUGAGCUGUUGGGUUGGGCUGUGCUACCUCUGUACAGCGACAGGACUCUUGUAAGAGGAACAGUCCUGCUCAGCCUUUCCACUCUUGCUGAACUCCCUUUUCCUCCCUCUCCUGCCCUGUCUGACCUCCACAAACAGCCCAUAGGAGUCAUAAUACAGCUUGAGUUUAAUGAUGACUUUGAGUGGGAGUAUCGCAGGCCUGUGGCUCUUCCCGGAUCAAUCAAAUUCUCCCAGCCUUGUCAGGAAGUGCAAAAGAAAAUGUUGAAUAUUUCCAAAAAGAAUUGCCUCUGCUUUUUAUCAGAAAAUGAGAGGUCUUUCCUAUGGAGUAAACAUUUCUGUAGUGACAAAUCAAGCACCUUCCUCCACCUGUUGCUCGCUGGCGUCCCUGAUUGGCAGCCUCAAAACUUAACAGGAAUCUAUUCCGUAGUAGACAACUGGCUCAUCCACCUACCUGAGGAGGCUCUUUUCCUGCUCACUGCCAGUUUUCCUGAUCAGACUGUUCGACUGGCUGCCGUGCAGUACUUUAAAGAGAUUCCAGAUGGAGAACUCGAGAUGUAUCUGCCACAGCUGGUCCAGGCUCUGAAGAACGAGUGGAAACUGGAUGGACCACUGGUGAUGCUGCUGUUAGAGAGAUCAGUGAAGAACAUCAGGAUUGCCCACCAACUUUACUGGCUGCUGGAAGACGCCCAUCUUGAUCCUCACUUCCAUGGCUGGUUUCAUAAAAUUCAGGCCACCUUGAUGCACUGCUGUGGCCAAGCACUGAAGAAGGAGCUGAAGCAUGAAGCUCGUCUGGUGCAAGUGCUUGUGCAAGUGUCUGAAAAAGUCCGCUGUGCUGAAAAGUCUCGACGCAAGAAUAUUUUGAGCCAGGAGAGGUGGGCAAUUCAUGACUUUUUCAAAGGUGGAAUUGGCUGUUCUCUACCUCUGGAUGCUGCAGUCAGUGUGAAGGGAAUAGACAUUGAAGCCUGUAAAUUUUACAACUCCAACGCUGCUCCUCUGGGGGUCACGUUUAUUGGUACAGACUCUCAGGCCAGGAAUUUUGGUGUCAUCUGCAAGACAGGAGAUAACCUGCGCCAGGACAUGCUGAUUCUUCAGAUUGUCCGUGUGAUGGACAUGGUGUGGCUCCAAGAGGGGCUGGACCUGCAGAUGAUCACCUACAGGUGUCUGUCUACAGGCGAUACUCAAGGCUUGGUGGAAAUCGUGCCAGAGUCUGUGACCCUGGGCAAGAUUCAUCAGGAGUUUGGCCUGAGUGGGACACUUCGAGAAGACACGCUGGAGAAAUGGUUCCACGAGAGGAACAAAACUAAGGAGCAGUACGAAAAGGCUGUGAUGAACUUCAUCCACUCGUGUGCAGGGUGGUGUGUAGCCACCUUCAUCCUGGGGAUCUGUGACCGCCACAACGACAACAUCAUGUUGAAACAAACUGGACACAUGUUCCACAUCGACUUUGGUAAGAUCAUGGGCAACGCGCAGAUGUUUGCAGGCUUCAAAAGGGACCGACCACCUUUUGUUUUCACAUCUGAGAUGAAGCACUUCAUCACAGGCGGGGGGAAGAAGCCUCAACGUUUGCAUCGCUUUGUGGAGCUCUGCUGUGAAGCUUAUAACAUCAUCAGAAGGCGCUCUGCUCUGAUACUCAGCCUGCUGGAGCUGAUGCUUUGUGCAGGAAUGCCAGAACUGAAGGACUCUAAUGAUCUGCAGUACGUCCAAAACAACCUCAGACCUCUUGACACAGACCUGGAAGCCACUUCCUACUUUACAAAGAAAAUCAAGGAGAGCAUGGGCUGUGUUGCAGUCAAGUUUAAUUUUUUCGCUCACUCUAUGGCUCAAGGGAAGAAACAAGAGUCGCAAGCGCCAGACAUCAACCCUGCUGCGAGCACCAACAUCCAGAAGGCUGUCAUUCAGACCUACUCUGGCAAGGGGAAAGAUGUGACCUAUCAGCUGGUGAUAACCAUUGAUGAUGGUGAGUUAACCACUGAUUUGACGUUUGGGCAGUUUGAACUGAUUCACAAGAAGCUGCAGAAAAUCUUUAACAAGCUGCCACAGUUUCCUGGCUGGUAUCAGAUGUCAUUCACCCCAGAACAAAGAAAGUACCAUCUGAAUAAAUACCUUAAAGAGCUUUUUGAGGGACCUUGCAAAGGAGAUGAAUAUGUGUGCAGCUUGUUUCUGGAUGGCCCCAAAAUGAACGAGUCUGUGGACACAGGGGUCGUUCCUCAAAUCCAGCUGCACAUCUCGUAUUCUAACUGCAAACUCUCUGUGCUGAUAAAACACCUGAGGAACAUAAAGCUGUCCAAUGGCUCUAACCCUGAUCCCUAUGUGAUCACGCGUCUAAGACCGGACCCUCUCCAGAACUCUAAGAGGAAGACAAAAGUGGUACGCAACAACGACAACCCCAUCUUCAACGAGCUGCUGGAGUACAAAAAUAUCCCACUGUUGCACGGGAUGGUGCUGGAGGUGACGGUGAAGAGCAAAAAGGGCAAGAAGACGUUUGUUGGAGCGACCCACAUUAAACUGGAGGACGAACUGCUGGACAAAGAGAGCUGGUUUCCUCUGGGAAACUGUGUAAUCUGACACUGGGAACAUCACUGGAGGCCAGCUGCCAGCAGGGGGAGGCAACACACUGAGGGAACAGCCUCCUAAAGUUGUUUUCUUUCUUGUUUUUUUAUCAAACCUAAAAGGAGACAAAUACAAGACUUUGCACACAGAACAAUGCAAACAAUUUAA